GUGCAAGGCGGUUGUCAUUCGCGUAGGCUUCGAUUGUUUGCUUUUUCUGUCUCCUAACGAUUUAUUUUGGAUCCUAACGAGCCAAAUACUUGCUAAAACUUUUAAUUAAUUUUUGCGUCCAGUAUUAUUGUAGUUGACGCUGUCGGUGCUUUCUGUUCGUUCAUAAUUCGGUAGUGGUGCGAAUAGUUUUUAUUAAUUUUAUUUUCGCGUAGAAUAAAAUAUUAAUAAAAAUAAAACAGUUGUUGUAAAUAUUGUAGCGGUGUGUUUUCGUUGUGAAUGGGGUUGCCAAUGCUAAUUGUGGAAGUAGUUUCGAUGACAAGGAACGCUGGAAGGUGGGACUAUGCUAUUCUUCAGUGCCUUAGCCCUCGGGGUGGUGACUGGCCUGCAGAAUGUGUCGGAGCCGACGGCCAGUGACGUCACGGAGGCAGUGAGCACCACCGACAUGGGGCUGGUGGCGCCGACCAAGUUGUCGGACUCUCCUAUACUGGACCAUGUCAAUGUGACUAUACAGGACCCUUCAAUGGCUUCUAUGUGGGAUAUGUAUUUGAACCACUGUCCGCGGUGGCGGCCGAUUAACCACAUAUUUUUCCAAGUGGCCAAUGUGUGUUUCCUGCUGUCGUUCCUGGCUCCUCACACGCAGACUGGGAUCUUGUGGCUGCGAGUAGCCCUGAUCCUCGGCUGUGCCUUCUUCGGGCUAUGGGCGUGGAGUAUUGAGUGCUACUUGGAUGCUGUGUUGUGGAACAGUGCAUUUAUUGUGAUAAACUUUGUGUACUUUGCCAUACAGUUCUACCUGCUACGGCCAAUCAAGUUUCAUAAGGAUAUUGAAGAGGUGUACAUAGCCCUGUUCAAGCCGCUGAGGGUUUCCCGGAGACAGUUCCGGCGCGUGCUCAUAUGCAUGCGCAACGUGCGACACCUCAAGUGUCACGAGCUGUACGCACACGAGAAGGUCACCAAAGUUGACAGCCUGUCCCUGGUGCUGUCUGGCAAGCUGGUGGUGUCACAGAACCAGCGCGCGCUGCAUAUAGUGUUCCCUCACCACUUCCUCGACUCGCCGGAGUGGUUCGGGGUAUCCACUGACGAGUACUUCCAGGUGUCAAUAAUGGCGAUGGAAGAGUCUCGAGUGCUGGUGUGGCACCGUGACAAGCUGAAACUUUCCAUCAUGUCUGAUGCGUUCCUGCAAGCCGUAUUCGACCACAUACUUGGCAGGGACGUGGUACAUAAGCUCAUGCAGGUGAGCGAGACAAUGGGCGUCAGCAACGGCCACCUGCCCAACAGCUUCGAAGAAGGGGAAGACAAACCCAUGUUGGUGGUCAAGAAGGCUGGGGACGGGCCCGGCAUCACGGCGCUGCUCAACCGGCAGCUGCAAGAUCGACAGUUGGAAAGCAUCGGAUCCAAACGCGUGGCGUCUCGGGCGGAUAGAGGAAACGGACCACGAGACGCCCGUGUGAGGACGCGCGCUGCAUGUGGCGGUGCGGCCGCGGCGGUUGAGACGCAGCAAACGCUAGCGUGCACGGACCCUUACCUCGCUCCACAUGCAGACGACGAAAUUUUAACACUUCGCUCGGUGUGAAGUGACAUUUAUGACGUUAUAAUCAUAAAGUGAUAUGUGUAAUACUCGGUGUUAAUAUAAAGUUUAAAAUGGCGGGCUAUGUUACAGUUGUUAACGUGAGAAAAGAAAUAUAAAAUGUUGAUUCAGUGUCGAUUUGUUUAAAGCGAAUGUAUGAGAAAGAAAUAACUAAAUGCUAUAUUAUUUUUAAUGGGUCGAUGCGUGAUUAAAUGUUAAACAAGGAACUUUCCAGGCUAUAUUUCACAAAAACAAUAUAGAUGGCUCUGUACAGAUGUUCCUUCGUUUAACCUUCAUAUUUCAUGCAUAACAGACAUAGUAUGCAUCUUUUAUCUUUGUUUUUGGGUAUAAAUGAUGACUUUUUUUAUUACACCCAGGCACAAUAACAUUUUCCACCCAUUAUUAUUCUGAUCAAAAUAAAGUGAAGCAAUAUAGGUAGCAACAUAAUUCUAUACGUAUCUGAUCCAAAUAUAAGCAACAAUUAUUUUUAUAUAUGCCUCUGCUAUGCUAUUACAUCAUAUUUUUGAAUAAUUAGUAUAUACACCGAGCAAUGAGAUACACCGGAGGGGGUAUGGAGCAUACUCCACCACGCUGCUCCACUGCGGGUUGGUAGAGGUGUUAUUCCGGCUAAUAGCCGGGACCAACGGCUUAACGUGCCCUCCGAAGCACGGAAUCAUCUUACUUUUUUGGAUAAUCAGGUGAUUCAAGCCUGAAAAGUACCUUACUUACCAAACAAAGGACAGUCUCACAUAGUGAUUUCGACAAUGUCCCCAUCGGGAAUCGAACCCGGACCUGCAGAUCGUGAGCCUAACGCGAUUUUUUAGAAGAGACUAAAAAGAAGAAUAUUUCCUUCUUUAAACUGAUCGCUACUGAAUCGAUACGAGGUUAAAGUGAUUUAUUGUGAUGUAGUAAUGUUUCGUUUGGCAAGGAAUUGAGAUUGUACCGCGAAAUAAAUCUGGUUGUCGUUUAACAUAUCCAAGUGGAAUAAGGGACAUUCCAAGCUACAUUCCACUAAAACAAUAUAGAUGGCGCUGUACAGAUUUUCCUUCGUUUAACCUUCUACAUACAUACAUAAACUCACGCCCGUAAUCCCUAAUGGGGUGGGCAGAGCCACAAGUAAUCAAAGACGACUUGCAGCCACUGUUGAUACGAAGUCCAAAGAUGGAUAUGAUGAACCUUAUGGUGAUAAGGGAUCAGCCUAUCGCCCAUAACAUUAGUCCAUCAUGUUAGAGGACACAAUCCCUCUGUCGGUUUUUACGACAUGCCCGGGAAGAGAAGCAGCUGAACGUGUUCUGUGUUGUAACCUUCUAAUUUCAUGGAUAACAGACAUAUCCAUCUUUUAUCUUUGUUUUUGGUUGAUGACCCUUGUUAUUACACCCAAGCACAACACAUCAUCCACCCAUUAUUAUUCUGAUCAAAAUAAAGUGAAGCAAUAUAGAUAGCAACAUAAAUUCUAUACAGAAUGUGUUACAAAUAUGAAGCAACAAUUAUUUUUAUUUAUUAUGCUUCUACCAUUACAUUGUAUUUUGGAAUAAUUAUGUAGGUACGGUCACGAGCAUUAAUAUGUAUACACUUUGGUACCAUGUCACAUUAACUUUUUUGACAAAUUGAACUGUAAGUCUCACUAAAUGUCAAAUAUGUUAGUGCGACAGAGUCCUAAAGUGGGUACAUUAUAUUGCUCAUGACUGUACCCGAGUAAUGAGAAAAUAGGUGAUUAUCACGUUAAAGCUGUACAACCCCAUCUAUAUUGAUUUUGGUGAAUGUAGCCUGGAAAGUUCUCUCAUUAUAUUUCCAGUUUUAUAAUUUCAUACGAAUCUCCUUAGAGAUGCUAUUAUGCUCUGUAAAUUUUAUACUCUGGAUUUUUUCGCGGGCAAGUUUAAAGUUGGCUUUGGUACUGUGUAAUAUAAUAAUAAAAUAAGUAAAUGUACCUACGUACCUUCUUAACGGCUCCGAUUCCUGCAAACACAUCCUAAUUUUAUUUUAAGGUAUACCCGUCAUUUUCUUAUCUGCCGAAAAGGAAAGGGACGGAUGAUUGAGAGUGACUGUUAAUUUUGUAAUAAUGAAUAACGCAGGCGAAUAAAAUAUACAUCAUGUCAACUUAAUUUUGUCGGGUUUUUGGCCUAUAUAAAAUUUUGUGCCUGUUGAUUACCCGUCGCUUUCUUUUUCGACGGAUAAGAAAAUGACAGGUAUAACUUAAAAUAAACUUAGAUGGUGUAUACAGGAAUCAGCACCAUUCACGUGACGAUAGAUAAAAUGUUAUUGAUAAAGAAAUACUUGGAUUUUAUGAAGUUUACAUUUUUUUUUCUUUUUACUGUCAGUGGUGAGAUUUAAUUGCGCAUGAUUUGACUGCGAACCCUUGUUUCCUUCUAUGUUGAAUGUGUAUAAUUCUAGUAUUUUUCAGAAGCUAAAGUCUCCAUCGAUAAACAGCAUUGUGUGUGCGUUGAACAAAGGCUCAAUGCAAGGAUAUGGUGCCGAUAAUGGCAACCACCAAUUUAAUUUGAACUUCAUUUUCACUAAAACUAACUCUAUCUCUUUCAUUUGGGGAACGUGUCCCUCGUUUACAACAAAGAUUCUCGGUUACGUCAUGCAAAACGAGUUGAUUUCGUUCUCAAAACGGCGACGGAAAUCAUUAAGAAAAAAAGUUUGUCAAUAGUGAUUGUCACACGAAAGUGGGUCGACUAUUGAACAGUUCAGUAACACAGUUGCAGAAUUCACUGAAGCGAUACAUAAAGAUAGAUGUCGAUAUGCUAAAUAAUAGUAUUUCAUAGAAUACUUAACUAUCUACUCUGAUGAAACUCUUAUCACUAGAAUUUCAAUAUUUUAUAUGGAUAGCAAAAUAGCUUUAAAGCGAACGCGAAUGUUUAAAAGGAAUUGAUACUUACAAUCUGACUGGAUAGUAACAUUUCAGUCGCCAGAGUGAUUUGAAAAGCAUUAUCUGGGGCCUGUUUAAUAAAACUUACAACUGUAAUUUACAACGACAAUUUGGUGUUCAUUACGUAGCUAAUAUGAAACUGUAAAAUAUUUGUGAUCACAAACUCCGCAAUGUACAUCAAAUUGUCAUUGUAAUUUACAAUUGUAAGUUUUAUUAAACAGGCCCCAGGUGUUUUAAACUACUACAGAACUUCCCUCGCGGUUUAAAAAAGACUAGAAGCAUAAGUAUUUUAUGUAUACUAUGAUGUAGAUAGAUAGAUAGAUAUUAAAAUAUAGAUAGACGAUGGCCCCGAUUCCUGCAGACACCUCCUAAUUUUAUUUUAGUUAUACCUGUCAUUUUCUUAUCCGCCGAAAAGGAAAGGGACGGAUGAUUGACAACUGUUAAUUUUAAAUGAAUGAAUGCAUGAAUGAAUAACGCGGAGGAAUAAAACAGACAACUUAACUCUGUCGGGUUAUUGACCAAUAAAACAUUUUGGGAGUGUUUUUUAAAUAUCUGUCUAAAAUUGACAUGGGUUCCAUUUUUAUACCUAUCGAUUACCUGUCCCUUUCUUUUUCGGCAGAUAAGAAAACGACAGGUAUAACUUAAAAUAAACUUAUGGUGUGUACUGGAAUCAGCACCAUUUAUUACAAUAAUGUUGUCCCAAUCAAAUGUCUAAAUAUUUGAAACAACCAGGUUUUUGAUGGAGCUUUAUAAGCUUUUGUAUAAAAGUAGAAUUCGUUAGAUAUAAAAAGUUUAUUUUUUAAUUUCAGCUUGGACUGUUCGAAAACCUGGUAUGUUUCAAUACAUUCCCUGUAAAUGAAAGUUGAUGUGCUAAUGAUAGACAAAAUUGUUGUAAAAUGAUAGGGAACUGUAUGUACAAAAAUGGUCUCAAUUUUAAUGUCUGUGUAGCGCGUCAGAAAGCUUUUAUUCUUUGUGUAGCAUCACAGAACAGAAAAACCUAUCCAGCCUGCACGGCACGGCUAUCGCGCCCCGCGCGUUUCGUAUUAUAUCGAGGACUCCGGUCAAUACCUGUACAAUGUCUGUCUACGUAGAUAGCAUUCGCCGCGUCUAAUGGUCGAAGCCCUCGAUAUAACGUGCACCGCGCGGCGCGGUUCUCGUGCAGACCCGCAGAAUGUUUAAAAAAUAAUAUUACGUCACAUUUCUUGAUGAAAAGUAAUUAUCCUACUGUAAUAAUAGUUAUUACUGGAACAAAAUAGCAUUAAACUGAAAUAGAAUUAUAAUUAAAGAAAAUAGAGUAAUAAUAAUUAUUAUUGUAACAAUAUUUGAAAACAAUGAAUAAAUACCUAAGUAAAUGUAUAGGAAAAUAACUGUACUCCUCUCUCACGAAAUGGGCGGAUUAUUAAGGAAUAAUAGUUAUGUAAGCCCAAUUAAAUUAUUGCACAAGUUAUUUUUCUAUGCCUCGUUUAGAUAUCCUGAAACACAAUGUUCCCUAUAUUCAAGCACAAACUAUAAAUUGUUAAUCUCUUCCUAUAUAAAUUACAGAUGUUUAUUUCACAUAGAAAUAUUUGAUAUUGACAUGAUAUGAGGGUGCCCUAUUUUUUGUAUGAAUAUCAAAAUUGUAUGAUCCAGUUGAUGCAUGCAUGAAUAGAAUUGACGUAAAGAACAAUGCACUGCCAAUGCAACAAAAAUUGCAUAUUUAUAUCACUAUCCAAAUAAUUUUAUUUUCCAUGUGCUCGACACAUAAGUUGUAAUUAAGGAUCUCAAAAAGUAUUUUUUAAUAAAAGUUCCGUAACAAUUUGAUUUGUCUUGUUAAUCAAGAAUAUUGCUUAAUAUUAUGAUAUUACUAAUUAUUAUGCACAUUUAUGAGCAUUAACAUUGAGUUUCAUUUAAGUUUUAACGGUGAUGUUGAAGUAUGAAACUUUAAAAAAAACAUUCUAAGGUGCAAUUUUUUUUUGUAAUGUGCCAUUUAAAAUGUAUAUGCUUGUAUAUUAUCCAAUUUGUCUUUGUAAAUAUAAUUGUUUUGCUAUUCAAGACAAAUAAGAUUGCAUACGGACCUACUUGCCUUGAAUGUUGUAUAAAGCACCUGGUGUGUUGAUUAGAAUGCCUUAAGAAUUGCCACAUGUGAUGACUGUAAAUUAUGAAUGUAUGAUGACUAUUGAUGAUAUGAUUAGCUAUAACGAAUCAAUGUAGUAUAAUAUAUGUUGAUGAUAGACAUAAAGAGAAAUAAAGUAACAUCUUGU